AAUUGAAAAAACGCGUUCCAUUUCCCAGCUAAGAUAGGCCAACAAAGCUGUUUUCCUUUCUCGAUCUUUAGACCCCAAUAGAAAAAAAGGAAAAACCGAAAUCUGUUCCGAUUUCUUUCAGAACGGUGUCGAUCUAUACAUUUCUUCCUCGACGAUUUCUCUCUUACGGUUUCUUCUAUAGCAAUGGCUGUUGAUUCUUCGCGAUCUCAUGUUCGCUUCCGCCUCUAACAAUCUCUCUCAAUUCCAUAAUUAAUACGUAGAAGCAAAUAAUUCUAGAUCAUUGAAACAUGGAUAUUUCGCCAGAACGCAGCUUGAGCGAAAAUGGGGGAUAUGACAGCUCUAAUGAAGCUCAUGCUGAUGAUGUCAAUAUUCAAUCAUUGGUUGAGUGGUUAAACCAUGCCCUACCUCAUUUAAAUAUGCCAUUGGAUGCUUCAGAGGAGGAACUGAGAGCAUACUUGAUUGAUGGCACUGUCUUGUGUAGUAUUUUGAACAAGUUCUGUCCUGGUUUAGUUGAAAUGAGAGGCAGUUCUGAACCUGGACCAGAAAAUAUCCGAAAGUUUCUAGCAGCUAUGGAUGAAUUGGCCUUGCCUAGGUUUGUACUUGCAGACAUACAGGAGGGAUACAUGGAGCCAGUUCUGCAGUGUCUUGUGACCCUUAAAACACACAUUGAAUUUAAUGGUGGGAAAGAGAGCAUCCGUGAGCAUCUAAGAAGAAGAUGGAAUCUACCAAAGAUGGAGUUUUCAGAGGGAAUCGAUAACUCGCAAGUGGACACAAUGACAUAUGGUGAAAACUCUUCCAUAUAUGGAGAAGAGAGGCAAAGAGAUUCUUUUGACAACAAAUAUGGAAGCGCGUCUGCUGCUUUGGUGCAUGAUGUUGUACACAAUUUAUCUGAGAUGUUCCAACAAAAGCAAGGGUCUUAUGCUGAUCUUUCAGAUUCCAAUAUUUUGGAAUUGAUGAAAUCAAAUGGGCUGGACAAUACCUCUACUCGAACAUUGUUCAGCUUAGUGAACAGAAUUCUGGAAGAAAGCAUUGAAAGAAAGAAUGGGCAUGUCCAUCAUCAGAUGGCUCAUAUAGUGAAGAAAGUUGUGCAAGUUAUUGAACAACGGGUUUCAACUCUAGCAGUGAACUUGAAAGAUCAAAACAAUCUUUACAAGGUUCGCUUGGGAAAGUGCCAAUCACGAAUAAAAGUCUUAGAGACCCUUGCAGCUGGAACCACAGAAGAAAUUCGGGUUUUGUUGUCACAGCUACAGCAAAUCAAGAUUGAGAAAACUAAAAUAGAGGAAAAGAAAAAACUUGAAGAGCAGGAGCUACUUAGAACAAAGCAAGAGAAAAUCCACAGUGAUAUUGAGAACUCAACGCUGAAACAUGAACUAGAGAUAGCCAAGACAACACAUGAAGAGCAUUGCUUGCUAUUGCAAGUGCAGGCUGAGGAAACUAAAGUUGAAUUGGAGAAGAAAUUAAAGGAACUUGAAUGCUUCUUAGCAGAAUCAAUGAAGAGGGUGAAAGAACUCGAGUCAUUUUCUGAAUCUAAAUCACAGAGAUGGAAAAGUAAAGAGGGCUCCUAUAGAAGCUUUAUAGAUUAUCAAUCUAGAGCUUUGAAGGAAUUGAGGGCAGCUGCUGACUCUGUAAAACAUGAGAUCUUGAAGGCCAAAAGGAGUUACGCCGAGGAAUUUAAUUUCUUGGGUGUGAAGCUUAAAGGACUAGCAGAUGCUGCUGCAAAUUAUCAUUCAGUUCUUGCAGAAAAUCGAAGGCUGUACAAUGAGGUUCAGGAUUUGAAAGGCAAUAUUAGAGUGUAUUGUCGGAUAAGACCAUUCCUUCCUGGACAAUCUAAGAAGCGAACAACAGUAGAAUAUAUCGGUGAGAAUGGUGAAUUGGUUAUAUCAAAUCCUUCAAAACAAGGAAAAGACAGUCAUAGGCUUUUCAAAUUAAACAAGGUUUUUGGUCCAGCAGCUACUCAAGAGGAGGUAUUUUUAGACACCCAACCACUUAUUCGGUCUGUUCUUGAUGGAUACAAUGUAUGUAUAUUUGCAUAUGGUCAAACAGGCUCAGGAAAGACCUAUACAAUGAGUGGGCCUAAUAUGACAUCACAAGAAGAUUGGGGGGUCAAUUACCGAGCGCUGCAUGAUCUUUUUCAGAUCUCCCAAAACAGGAAAAGCUCCAUUUCAUAUGAAGUUGGUGUUCAAAUGGUAGAAAUUUACAAUGAGCAAGUUCGUGAUUUACUCUCAAGUGAUGGUCCUCACAGAAGACUUGGGAUUUGGAGUACAACCCAACCAAAUGGUUUGGCUGUCCCUGAUGCCAGCAUGCAUGCUGUUACAUCAACUGCAGAUGUGUUGGAAUUAAUGCGCAUUGGGUUAAUGAACCGUGCAGUGGGCGCUACAGCUCUAAAUGAAAGAAGUAGUAGAUCCCACAGUGUUCUCACCAUUCAUGUCUAUGGCAUGGACUUGGAAACUGGUGCUGUUUUACGUGGUAACCUACACUUGGUUGACCUUGCUGGUAGUGAAAGAGUGGAUCGAUCUGAAGCUACUGGAGAAAGGUUGAGGGAAGCACAACAUAUAAAUAAAUCAUUAUCUGCACUCGGGGAUGUUAUAUUUUCUUUAGCGCAAAAGAGUCAGCAUGUGCCAUACAGAAAUAGCAAACUAACUCAAGUACUUCAAAGUUCAUUAGGUGGUCAAGCGAAGACCCUCAUGUUUGUGCAGCUUAAUCCUGAUGUAGAUUCCUAUUCAGAAACUAUAAGUACUUUGAAGUUUGCUGAGAGGGUUUCAGGGGUUGAGUUAGGUGCUGCAAAGAGCAACAAAGAGGGGAGAAAUAUUAGAGAACUCAUGGAGCAGGUUGGAUUGCUCAAAGAGACAAUUUCAAGGAAAGAUGAAGAGAUUGAGCGGCUGCAGCAUCUCCAGGCGAGUGGCAAUAGUGUGAAGUGUGAUAUGAAUUCACGUAGGUAUGAUUCCUCUUCUCCAAGAAGACAUUCAAUUGGGACUGCACUGCAUAACCAUAGGCUAUCAGGAGGGAAAGGUUCAGGGCUUUUCGAGAAAGCAUCUUCUGAUACGGACAACUGUUCUGGGAACAGUGAAAGACACUCUGAAGCUGGUUCUGUAAAGUCAAUGGAUGACUUUAAGGAUCUCAAAACUUUGCUUCCACAGUCAAAGUCAAUGGAUUACUUAUCACUCAAAAAGGAAUUUGUCUCUCAGCCUAAGUUUGUGGGACCAGGUGUUGAUCAGAAUGAUAAAGAAGACCUUGAUCUCUUGGGCUUUGGAGAUGCAGAUUCUGAUGAGCGAUUAAGUGACAUAUCUGAUGGUUGUCUUUCAAGGGCUGAAACUGAAGGCUCUCUGGGUAGUGCAGUAGAGUUCACUCUUUUCCCUGAAUCUAAACCUUCUGAAGUUGCAAAACCAGCCGGAAAGGCUGAGAACAAGAGCAGACUGACUUUUGCAUCUGGGCUUCCUAAGCCUUCGCAAAGACCGGCGCAAACAAGAUUACCACGCUUGUCUCUGGCUAAGAGCUCUGCCUCUAAGGCUUCAUCGAGUAUGUCAGAAUCUAGGAAACCUCCUGCAAGCGGUUUCUCUGCAACCAAGCCAGGGAAACGAUGGCACUGAAAGUGGAGGGAGUUUUAAGAUGGUAGAAGAAUUGACACUUAACCUUAGCAGCUGGUGUCUCUAACUGAAAAUGAUUGUCGUUACCUCUAGUUGCUUCCAUUUGUCUCGUGGAAGUGUUUGUAUUUGUAUAUACUCAAGGAUGGGCAAAAUGGUAACUCACGUUGGUUUUACCAUUUUGUCACUAUUUAUAUCACGUUCUGUUUUUUGUUUUUA